UUUACUUCAAUUAUUCACGAAUGUAAUCAUUAUACAUAUUAGAAGUAAAUUCAGUAUAACUGACCUGUAAUGUCAAUAUUUUUCCGACCCGACUUCAUUGUUGGGGUUCAAAAUUUCAAAAUGGAUCCCUAAAUGACACCAAUUUAAAGGUUAUAAUUGUUUAUUUAAAAUUCAGUUUUGUUAAAUAUAGCAAAAAGUAUUUGAAUCGAGUGUGUGUUUAUAUCGGCAUGAACGAGCGGUUGUUCCUGCUUCUGUUGUCGUUUCUCACCAGCAUAUGUGGCUUCCUGUUCGGCUAUGACACCGGGGUUGUCUCCGGGUCAAUGGUGCUCAUCAAGGACCACUUCAACCUCUCAGAUGUCUGGCAAGAGGCGAUAGUGGCGUCUACAGUAGGCAUGGCCGGCCUGUUCGCCUUGGUGGGAGGGGCUCUAAACGAAGUAGUAGGUCGCCGACCAGUCAUUAUUCUGUCUAGUUUCCUCUUCCUCCUCGGGGCUAUCGUCAUGGCCUGUGCGCAACAUAAGGAAACUUUGUUGAUCGGCAGACUUAUCAUUGGAGUUGGGCUGGGAAUGGCCAGUAUGACGUCCCCCAUGUACAUAGCAGAGGUGGCUCCUCCCCACUUAAGGGGUCAGUUGGUGGCUGCUAACACUGCCAUGGUCACAGGGGGUCAACUGGUAGCAUGUGUGAUUGCGGGCAUCUUCAGCGGUGACAAGGAGAAUGGCUGGAGAUACAUGCUAGGGUUAGCAGGUGUGCCUGCCUUCAUUCAGCUGGUCUGUUUUCUUUUCAUGCCUGAGUCCCCCACCUGGCUCAUAGUGAAGAAAGACUCCUCCCAGCCGGCAGAAAGAGUGCUAGAGAAAAUAAGGAAGGAGCAAGAUUUGAACCAGGAAAUGGACGAUCUCAUUGCUUACAAGGAGGCUCUGGAGAAGGAACCGCCCACAAUUGACAAGCUGAAAAUCAUGGUUUCAAACAAGGCCACAAGAAGAGCUCUUAUAACUGGUUGUAUGCUGCAGAUAUUCCAGCAGCUGUGUGGUAUCAACACCUUCAUGUACUACAGUGCUUCCAUCCUACUCUCAGCUGGAGUAGGCAGUGCCGAUAAGGCCAUCUGGCUGGCCAUCGUCCCUUCUGCUGCCAAUUUCAUUUUCACACUAGUUGGGAUGAGUCUCAUCGAAAAGCUGGGAAGAAGGAGGCUGACGAUGGGAACUCAACUUGUGGCCGCGUUUGGACUCCUAUGUCUGUCUCUCAGCUAUGUUGCCAUGGAAACAGACGACCCCUCCAUAGCUAUUCCUCGAAUCCCACCUGAAGACUCGCCAUGUUUCGAUGCAUCUACAUGUUCAUCUUGUAUAACCAAGUCGGACUGUGGAUUCUGUUUCCACGAAGACGGAGGAGGAUCUUUUUCAGUUUCCGCUUGUCUGCCUUACCGCAAAAAUGAGGACGAUUUCUCUUCAAUCGGUCUCUGUUCCAAUCAAUCAGAUUUGACUACCCUCGAUUUAAUGUGGACUCAUGAGUACUGUCCGUCUAGGUACGCCUUAAUGACUUUAGUAUCCAUGGUGCUUUUCCUUGCCGGAUUCGCUACUGGCAUGGGAGCAGUCCCUUGGGUCGUAAACGCCGAAAUUUACCCAAUAUGGGGUCGAGGUGUAGGUGGGGGCAUUUCAACUACUUGUAAUUGGGUUACAAACUUGUUUCUGUCGUUUACUUUUAUAACCUUGUCAACGGCAAUGACGCCGAAAUAUUUCUUUGCGAUGACCGCUGGAUUCAACAUUUUGGUUAUUUUGUACAUUUUUCUCUUCCUGCCCGAAACUAAAGGAGUGUCGUUGGAGAAAGUCGAGAGUUUGUUCAGCGGUCCGAGCUGUUUUGUCGGACUGCAGAGAAGUCAUCGAAAUAAUUUUGAGACUUCGACUGGAUUUAUUGAUUCGAGAAGUUCUCUUGUCACUGGCUAAAGAGAGAUGUCAUUGAUCAAAACGAACAUCUUGGGAGAGAGUCGACAUCAUCUGCAGAAGGCUGCUAGAAAGUCAUUUAAAUAGUUUCGAAUUUAAUUUUAAAAUAACUUGAAUAAC